AUGUCCGGACGUGCGCACGGUGAUCUGCCCAUUCGAGGCGGCCGUGGCGGUGGUGAUCGUGGCCGCUAUCGUGGCCGCGGCGAUGGUGGCUCCAGUAGCCAUGGAAGUGACCGCGGUUACAGCGGUGAUCGUGGGCGUGGAAGUGACCGUGGUAGCAGUCGUGGAGGUCGUGGCGGACCCGAACCACCCUCCGGAAUGUUGACAGACCCGGUCGAGCCCCCUAGCACUCGAGUGCAGGCCCUGGAAGACCGGUAUGUUGCAGAGUCCGCAAAGGCUCGACCAGAGCCCGGCACUUUGGCUCGGCGUCCUGGCUACGGUACCCAAGGUCGUUCGACUGUGCUUCGUGCCAACUUCUUCCCUAUGGAGUUCAAGCCGAACAUCAAGUUUCAUUCUUAUCGCCUCAAGAUCAAGCCCGAGGCGAAGAAAGCGCAGCAAAUUUUCAUUCUUCAGAGCAUGUUCCGCAAGUACCCUCUCUUCAACAAAGGAAUCGGCGUUGCUACUGAUGGGGCCACCGAAAUUGUUACAACUGAGCUAUUUCCUGAAAAUCGAGCGCCAUUCAUUUGUUCCAUGGGCAACGGAAGUGAUCAUGGAAGUGGCCAUGGAAGUGGCCAUGGAAGUGGGAAAUCGAAAGCCUACACCGGCCCUUGGGAGGUCACUUUAACCCUUGAAAGCUCUUAUUCCCCCGCUGACAUGAUGGCGUGUCUUGAGGACGUCAAUCACCGAAAGGAGCUUGAGAAUGAAGCACCCUGUCUCCGAGUACUGAAUAUCCUCAUGAGUGCUUAUCCCUACAAAGAUACCGGCAUUGUCAUCAUUGGCAAGGGACGAAACAAGUUCUUCCGGAUGGAUAGGCGAAAGCAGUCCGCGAGGAUUGACUGUGGCGCCGAAGCCGCUCGUGGUUACUACUCAAGUGUGCGUCUUGGUGCUGGACGAAUUUUCCUCAAUCUGAAUGUUAGUCACGGUGCAUUCUUCAGCCCAGUUUCGUUGGCUGAUGUAAUCAUUGCCUUUCGCACCACUUACGGCGAAAGCCGGGAAUUUCUAAACCGGUGGCUGAAGGGAUUGAAAGUUUACGCCUUACAUCUAGAUGUUCGAGAGAACGGGCUUGGGGUGAAGGAAAAACCCGUGAGAACAAUCUUCGGAGUUGCCUCUCCUAGGGAUGGACGCAAUGGCCCAAACCCCCCACGGGUUCAACGAAUUGGAUCCAGUGCCGACAACGUGGAGUUCUGGAUGGGAGAUGAGAAGAAGGGAAAAUAUGUUACUGUUACCGAAUACUUUUAUAAAACUUACAAUAAGCGACUCGAGUACCACAGUAAUAUUCCCAUCGUGAACGUUGGAAACUAUGAUCGUCCAGUUUACCUUCCUGCGGAGCUUUGCGAAAUCCUUCCCGGGCAACCCUUCAAGCCAGACCUAUCCACGGGUCAACGACAGAACAUGAUCAAGUUCAGUUGCCGGCGGCCUCCUCAGAACUAUGCCUCCAUUAUGACCGAAGGAUUGGAAAUCCUGGGGAUCUCUGAAGGACAUACAAAGGCGGUAGGAAUCAAGCCCGGAAAAGAGAUGAUCACUGUACCUGCACGCAUUUUGAACCCUCCGAAUCUGCUUUAUGGGGGCAAAAAGACCACUAACCCUCGAAAUGGCUCGUGGAAUUUGAUCGGCACCAAAUUCUCCCAGGGCGCUAAUAUCAAAAAAUGGACAUGUCUUUGGCUUCGGAAACGCGGUAUCGACCCCAACGAAGAAAAACUCAAAGAUCCUGAGCCUGAGAUGGACGCAUUUUACAGAAAAUUGCGCGAUCAUGGCCUGUCACUGCCGGCACCCUCUAAGCCACAUGAUCAGGGGGCGGUCAAAAAGGUCACGAUGAAUGAGUUUCCCUUCUUGGUUGUUUUGCUUCCCACCACGGAAACGAAAAUCUUUGAUUACGUCAAGUAUGCCGGAGAUCUGAAGACUGGAGUCCUUACGCACUGCAUGCUGAGCAAUAAGUUUGCAGGUGCCAAUGAGCAGUAUUUGAGCAACAAUGCCAUGAAGGUCAAUCUCAAGAUGGGAGGAUGGAAUCAACUCCUGCAGCCAGCUAACACACGCUUCCUUGGCGCAGCAAAGAACACCAUGGUCGUUGGCUUGGAUGUCACUCAUCCGUCCAGCUCAGACCCCGAAAUCUUCCCCAGUGUUGCUGCCAUCGUUGCCUCCACUGAUUAUCGCAUAGGGCAAUGGCCCGGUGAGGUUCGAGCCCAGACGCGCCGCCAAGAGCACGUUGAAUUCCUCAAGGAGAUGAUGCUUACCCGGCUGGGGUUGUGGCAAAAGAGCAAUAAUGGCAACUUGCCCCAGAAUAUUCUCGUGUACCGCGACGGUGUUAGCGAUGGUCAAUUCAAAAUGGUCCUUACAGAGGAGCUUCCAAAGAUUCAAGCUGCUGCCAAAGCGGUAUACCGUGGAGCCUUGCCCAACAUCACCAUCGUUGUCUGUGGAAAGCGCCAUAAUGUACGCUUCUACCCUACCAAUUCGAGGGACCAAGAUCGAACAUCCAACCCACUCAACGGAUGUGUCGUUGACCGUGGAGUUACCCGUCCUAUCUACUGGGACUUCUAUCUGCAAGCCCAGGCUCCUCUCCAGGGUUCCGCUCGUCCAGCCCACUACAUUGUCAUUCACGACGAGAUUUUCACUAACCCGAAGGUCAAUACGGACCGCAAGCCCGCUGACGUGCUGCAAGAACUUACCCACAACAUCUGUUACCUGAUGGGCCGGGCUACUCGCUCGAUCAGUUACAGCACUCCUGCCUUCUUGGCCGAUAAGUUCUGUGAUCGUGGCCGAAAGUACCUGUUGGCUUACUACAAUGAGAGAAAUCAUAUGACUCAAAGCGAGGAUAGACUAAAAGGUGCUACCUUGAAUCUGUCCAGUGCAUGCCAGAACAGCAUGGUCUACAUUUAA